AUGGCGAUGUUACUCGAAGCAAGCGAUCAAAGCCGAUACAGCACCAUGGGUUACGUUGAUCAACGAGAGUGGAAACCAACUGCUCGUCGAGGACCGAUUUCGGCCGAAUUCCAUUCCCCCGGACCAGCUUCCGUUACUCUUCCUUCAUACUUCGGAUUGGAACCCGUGAAACACUUGGCAGAUAGCUCGGACAUUUGGUCCGCUUGCGAGCCAGCCGACAAGCGGGUUGCAUACGAAUGCAGGUGGCUCUGCCACGACUCGCAGCUCGAAACCCCUUUUUAUGCAAGAACACCCCCGCCAGUCGGAGCGAAGCACGGAGGUGGGCCGCAGACCCAGCAUUUCGACUCUAAAAAGGCAAAUUCACCUUCGUAUUCGAUGGGCGCAAGGAUUAUCGAGAAGCCGAAGAUCAUCGGUCCAGGGCCGGUUUACGACGUUUCCAACAUGAAACCACAAGGAGGGAAAUGUGCAAUUCCGGUCGCGAAGCUGCCCCCGAAAGACAAGGAAGAUUAUCACGGAGAAAAAUUCGUGACACCCGGUCCAUCCGCGUACGACGUGGCCAAAGCGGACAAGCAGAUCUACAAAAGUAAUCCAUCGUGGCCUAUCCGAGACGAGCAGAUCGGCGCAAAUCCGAACAAAGAACCCGUCUUGACAGCACAGAAAGGCCGUGUGUUCAACGAAGUUCCCGUUGCUCCAGGGCCUGUGUAUGAUUUACCAAGCCUGGUUGGGACUAAGUCUGGAGUAUUCCUGAGCAACAAAAGCAACUCGCCGGCCUAUUCCUUAGCUUCGCGACCGAAAGAUCCGAAACCGAAUCCAAUCCCUGGACCAGGAUCCUACAAAAUCGUGGAAACCGAGGCUUACAAAAACAAAUCCCCGCAAUAUUCUCUCUCAAGCAGGACUCAGAUGCCAAAAGAUAAGACCAAGAUUCCCGGACCCGGAGUUUACUCUCCCGAAAAGGCGGUGAUCGACACUCCUCCGAGAUUUUCGUUCGGUAUCAGGCAUUCCCCGUACCUGGGGAACUUCAAGGAGAUUUAAGUUCCAACGUGAGCUUGAUUGUUCCAGCGAGCCAAUGUCUUCAGACCAUCGUCAAGGAUUCCAUCAGACGAAUAAGAAACCCCCAGUUUACAACUUCUGCUGUUAACAAGUUUGCCUCCACCAACCCAACCCUCGGGGGAAAUAUCGGACUACUUUCGGGUUAUUUGUAGAUGGGACUGAAUCCAUGGCAUGUACUGAAUCUGUUUUUCAUGAACGCGCAGAUUCAGUUCUUUCUCCUCGUCUUCGUUAUUGUCCGAUUGAAUGCAGGUUUGGCAAUUCGCGACGAUAAGCGAAUUGAAGUGCCGGAACCAGAAAUACUGUAUUGUAAUCCGAAAGAACUAAAACGCAUCAAAUGUAUCCCUACAUUUUCCGCGAAAAACGUUCAAUACCGCUUCAGUAAUCCAGAUUUAGUUUCAACACGAGCAGAAUAUCAGGUAUCUUGCUACGUAAUCGAUUCUUUCCAAGGUUCGGGCUGAAAUGCGAAAAUGGCUCGAAGUGGGAUUUCAUUCAACAUUUUUGCUUCGCGUCUAACCGUAUCAUAUUAUGUCGCACGUUCCAUCGUCACGAUUUGCCUUGAUAUUAUCGAAGCUUUGGUGAAGUACUAAUGCCUCCGAAAAGAAAAACUCAAUUCUUUGUUCAGGAAAUACAUCCCCAUGAUCGUUUCACA